AUGGCGCCUAUCGUGCCUUCCGAUACGGGACUCGGCUACCUAGCGCGAAGGGCCAUCGUAACAGUCGGCCCGGUACUGGUCCGAGAUCGUCUAAUAAGGCCUCGGAACGACGACCUCAAAGUACGAGGCGCCCAAGGAGUCACUUUGGGGGUCAUCGCAGCAUACGUCGUGAUCAUUGCAUUACUAUGGAAUAUCCCCUACGUCCGUUACGUGCUCUGGCCGUUCAAGGUACAGUAUACCCGAUAUUUCCCAAGGCUACGGCAGAAGUCAAGGCUAAUACAUGCUCAGAUGCUCGUCAUAGCCUUCCAUGAGUUCGGUCAUGCCAUAACGGCAUGCUGCACAGGUGGGAGAGUCGAGUCGAUAUCACUGGAUCCUCACGAAGGUGGUGUGACACAUAUGCGUGGUGGCAUAAGCGCCAUUACGCUACCUGCCGGCUAUCUGGGAUCAUCAAUCAUUGGCAUGCUGCUCACAUUCUGCGGCUUCGACAUCGUGGCCAGUAAGGUUGCCAGUAUCGUCCUCGGGGUCUGCUUCCUGUUCGUUCUGUGGUAUGGCAAGAAGGAUUGGUUGACGAUCUUGACCAUCCUACUUGCGGUCGGAUGUCUAGUAGCAUUCUGGUUCAUCGCUCAUGCAGAGGCUCUACGAUUCUAUGUCCUCUUCAUCGGCGUCAUGUCCUCACUCUACAGUGUCUGGGAUAUCUGCGACGACCUCAUCUUCCGCAAAGUCAACAGCUCAGAUGCCAGCCAGUUCGCCAAGCGCUACGGAGGGUCGUCACAAUGCUGGGGUGUCAUCUGGUCCAUCAUAUCAAUCUGCUUCAUGGCUGUUGGCAUCAUCGCAGGUAUCGCUGCAUUCCCAGAGACAUGGGCGCAGCAGCAGAAGGAUUCGGAAGGAUUCAUACCAACAUAG